ACACGACAGACGUUAGACGUCACUAAAACAGAAAGCCAAAGCAGAAUCAGAACCGAAGAAGUGUGAACGAUAGGUGCAACUUUGUGUAGUGUAAUAAAAGAAACUGCUUACAAUUGCAAUCUAUUAAUAUCGUUUGUUUGAUCUUCUACAUUGUUGACGGACGACCAAAACAAAUCCAAGCAAAAACAUCAUUUGUGCGUGCCACUGCCACAGCCCAACCUUACCUUCCCAUCCACUGUCACUCUGUCGCCCUUUGUAAAUAAAGAAUACACUUUUCCAGUUGUGAGUGUCGUGCUCGACAGAUUUUACGUAAGAACUCUCAAAACAUGGCAAAACUAGAUGAGAAAAUUGGCUUCAUUGGUGGCGGAAAUAUGGCCUAUGCCAUCGGAGCUGGACUCAUUUCGCGUGGCAUUGUCAAGGCUAUUCAAGUUCUGGUGUCGGGGCCGCACAUUGAGAAUCUGCAACGGUGGCGCGAUCACGGUGUCACCGAGGUCAGUGAAGAUAACUAUGUGGUGCUGGAGAAGUCAGACAUUAUCUUUAUCGCAGUGAAGCCACACAUUCUCGAGCCAUGCGCUGCGCAACUGAGGAAUAACCACAUAUCGUCGGCUAGGGAUAAGGACAAGCUGUUCGUGUCGGUCCUGGCCGGGGUAAAUUUAAAGAGUUUGGAGGAGUCGUUUUCUUUUAUCCAAGGACUUAAGAUGAUCCGCACCAUGCCAAAUACCUCAAUGCAAGUUGGCGAGGGCUGCACUGUCUACACCCCGGGCUCCUAUGUCAAACAACAGGACUUAGAGAAGGUCCAUCUGAUGUUGAACUCGUUGGGUGUGGCGCAACAAGUUCCAGAGACUAUGAUCGAUGGGAUCUCAGGGUUGUCUGGCUGUGGACCGGCAUUUGUGUAUACGAUCAUUGAGGCUCUGGCCGAUGGAGCUGUCAAGCAGGGAGUCCCACGACAAAUGGCUCUGCAGUUCGCAUCGCAGAUGCUUCUGGGUGCAGUAAAGACAGUCAUCAUCACCGGUAAACACCCCGCCGUGCUGAGGGAUGAAGUGUGCUCUCCUGGAGGAGCUACUAUCUGCGGAGUGUAUGAAUUGGAAAAGGGCAAUUUGAGGUCAACUCUGAUGACAGCCGUGGAGAAGGCAUCCCAACGCGCUGCCGAACUUGGGAAGAAGUAAAUUAAUGGGACAGCUUUGAAUUCUCAAAAUUUCUGUGUUGUUUGAGUUGGUUAAGGACUCUAAACUGUUGUACACUCGUAAAAUGACGAUACUCCCAAAUUGUUGAUGACUAAAUUUGUGUCCUCUCGAAAUAAAACUUGUAGAUAAUUCUAACCAAAAACAAA